GCAAAGUGGAUGGCGCUAAAGAGAAGAGAAGAAAAGAAAAGAAAAGGACAAAGAAAACCUACGGAUGGGGUGACCGGGGGAAGGAAGAAAGACAUAGUGCUGUCUAACGAUAUUUUCUUUCAAAGAAUUCGGGGGAAAAAUGGGGUUUUUAUCGGAGAGCUCGACCUUCUCGCAGUCACGCCUCUCUCUACCCUUCUUCCCUUCCGGGUCCUCCCCUUCUCUCUUGCCGUGUUCUCAUCGAAAGGUUGCGAAGAAGAAAGUAGGGGUGGCCAUGGCCUCGCCUCAGGGCGAUACGAGCGGUUCCUCGCACAGGAGGACUUUUCUCUUGGUGGGUGUAUCGGUUCUUCCCCUCCUGCAGCUCGGGGCAAUAGCCGUGGAAGAUCUGGUGAUAGGAAAUCAAGACAUGCAACAUCAGAAGGCACUAGCAAUGUUGCAUAAACAUGAACAUGGGAGUCAGAUUUGGCCGCAUGUCCGAGCUUUUGAUUUGGCGAGAGGAAAAAGACAAGAUAAGAGAAAUUAUAAAAAAGAUAUGGUAAACCCAGAAGUACAUGCUCUUAAAGAACCAGAGCAGGAAAUUUCAUCCCAAGGGCCUAACAAGCUAGAGGUGCAAGAGCUUACAGAACCAGAGCAGGAAGUUUCAUCCCAAGAGUCUAACAUCCUAAUGUUGCAAUCUCUUAAAAAACCAGAGCAGGAAAUCUCAUCCCAAGAGCCCAACCAAUCGGAGCAGCAAGUACAUCUACAGAAUGCACCUGAUAACUCAUUUGUAUCUCUCCUGAAUGGGCUUGGAAUAGUUGGGUCUGGGGUUCUCGGUGCAUUAUAUGCAACAUCUCAGAAGGAAAAGACAGACAUGGAAUCAACCUUUGAAUCUAUGAAGACAAAGCUGGGUGAAAAUGAAGCAACAAUAUCUUCACUGAAGGAAAACUUUGGGAAAAGGCUACUGAAUGAACAGGAAAAACAAAAGAAACAAGUCACAAGGUUUAAGGAGGAGGAAGCCUCUCUUUUAAAUCAUCUAGCUUCUGCAAAUGGAACCAUAGCAGGUUUGCGUCAAGAAGUACAAAGUCAAAAACAACUAGCUGAGAAUCUUAAAGCACAAAUAGGUCAACUUGAGGGUAGUAUCGCACAAACUGAGGCAGAUAAGAAGAUGCUUGAAGCCAAACUUAAAGAAAAGAUGGAUAUAAUUGAUGUUUUGCAGGAUAGAGUAAGCCUGAUUAGCUUGGAGAUAAAUGACAAGGAAAAGAGCAUUGAAGAUCUCAAAUUAUCACUUUCUGAAAAGGAAUCAGAAUGUAAGAACUUGAGCUCUAUUAUCGAUCACACCAAAGAGGAUCUUGCACAAGCAAAUUCCACCAUCGAACAGUUGAAAGAGGAGAUCUUUAAAACUAGAGAAGAAUUAACUUCAAAGAUAUCUUCAAUUGAUUCAUUGAGUGAAAAAAAUCAUUUGUUACACACAGAAAAUAAUAACUAUCAAAGAAAAUUUGAUGAUCUUAUCAAAGAGUAUAAUGAUUUUAAGUCCACUUCUGAAAAAAAGGCAGCCCUUGACUCCAAAGUCUUAUCUGAGAAAGAUGAACAGCUCCAUCAGGUUGAAGAGAAGCUUAAUCUUGCAUUGGGGGAAGCUAGCAACUACCGAUCCAUGAUCACUGAGUUGUCAAAAGAACGUGAUGAUGUUAAAGCAUUGCUAGAAAGAGAAGUAAACGGUAUGAACAAAUUGAAGGACGAGUUUCGAAUAGCCCAAGACACAUUGGAAGCUUCGAGACUUGUGGCUUCUAAUCUGACCAAGGAACUAGAAGUGGCCAAAAAAUCGCAUGAGGAACUUGUAUCUAAGGUUUCAAAUAUUCAGGAUGAAUUUCAUGAAUCAAAGAAACUACUAAUCAAUGAUCUGGAUGAGGCAAAGUCUACAUCAAAAUUACUUUCUGAUGAACUAGUCUCAAUCAAGGAGGUCCUUAAGAGAUCAGAAGAAGAGCUCAGCGUCACAUCCAGUGAAUUGAAAGCUGUGAUGGAAGAUCGUGAGAGGUUAAAGAAGGAAUUGUUAGAGAUCUAUAAGAAACUAGAAACCACAGUGCGUGAGUUAAAAGAGGAAAGGAAAGUAGUUGCUACUUUGAACAGGGAGCUUGAGGUUUUAGGGAAACAAAUACAAAGAGAUUCAGAAGCACGAAGAGCUCUUGAGACAGAUUUAGAUGAGGCUACCAGAUCACUUGAUGAGAUGAAUAAGAGUGCAUUGUUGCUUUCGGGGGAACUAGAGAACACUAAUUCGAGAAAUACCAGCCUCGAAGCAGAGGAAGAGAUGCUGGUCAAAUCGCUUACUGAGCAAAAGAAUUUGUCAAAAGAAGCCCAGGAAAAUAUCGAGGAUGCCCAAAACCUCAUCACAAGGCUUGGGAGUGAGAGAGAGAUCUUGGAAAAGAGGUCUAAAAGGCUUGAAGAGGAAUUAGCAUCUGCAAAGGGUGAAAUAUUACGGUUGCGAAGGCAGAUCAGUAUAAGCAAGGAAGCUGGUACUGAGCACCAACCAAAAACCAAUGAAGUUGCAUCUGGCACUCCUUUCACUGUGAAAAAGACUGCAAGUCGGAGAAAAAAGGGAGGGUCAACAUGAGAAGUUUCUUAAUGAAAAGACAGAUCAGGGAAUGCAAUCCCGUGUUUCCUCCUGUCUCAGUUUAAUGAUUUGAAAUUUUACAUACAAAACCAUGCAUCAUGUUGUGUCAUCCUUUAAUUGAGUAAUUGUAAGAGAACUUCACUCUAUGAACUCCGGCCUUCUUUUCCUGCCGCUUCUGGUUUUUUAAAAUGGCAUUCUAUUGUGUAAAAGACACUGAACUGUGACGGGAAUCAAAGGCAUAUUUCUGUUGUAUAGAACUGCAGAUCACAAUUUGAGCUGUGAAAAUGUUGGAAGAUUAUUUUUCUUACAGUGAUCUAAAGAAGACUGAACUGGAAAUUUGAAGUAGAAGAAAUUCAUAAACGCAAAAGGUCUGUUAUCAACUUGUGGAACAUAAUGUGUUUUUCCUUAUUCCCCCCUUCAGAUCAUUUCAGUUGUACAAAUUUUACCUGAAUCAUCUAAUAUACCUAUACUAAUUAUGUUAUGUAUAAGAUACCUAUAGUAAUUACAUAUUGAUAUCGAUA